CAUUAUAUAUAUAUAUAUAUAUGUGGGGAAAACAUGGGAGAACUAUAGACUUCACUUGAGCCUUUGGGAUCUGAGAAACAUCUACAACUGAGCAGACUGUCAUUACACUGGACUAGCCCUUAUCAACAGAAACAUGAGGCAUCUAGGCGGUUUUCUGCUCCUUGCUGUGAUGGUGUUCUUCUUGUAUGCAGAUGUGGCCACUGAAGCAAAAAACCUCCCUAAUUACUGUCGUGGGUAUCCAAAAGAUGUAUGUACCAUGCUGUACCAGCCCCAUUGUGGUUCUAAUGGGAAAACCUAUAGUAACCAGUGCUCUUUCUGCAAUGCAUAUAUCAAAAGCGGUAGAAGGCUUAGACUGAGGUACCUGGGAAAAUGCCGGAAAUAUGAAGAUUCACAAGACUAAGGCACACGCAUGCUCAAGAUUCCCCAUCUGAUUUCAUGUCUAUGUAACAGCAUCAAGCUCUUCUUCCCUUUGCUAGUACUGUACUCUGUUAGCUGAUGAAAAUCUUGCAAUAGCUUUAUCUAUUUUAUCAAUAAAUAAGCAAAGCACCUUUACCAACCUUGGACCUUAA